AUGUCGGGCGGACCUCAAGGAUACUCCAUGCAGCAUUGGAAUGUUGCUGGAGGCAGACUCGCACCCUUCCAAAAGGAGCCCCCAGUUGGAUUCUACCGGGACUCCUUCUGCAGAGUCGGACCGGAGGACAAGGGCAAUCACUCGAUAGCUGCAGAGGUGAACAAGGAGUUCCUUGACUUUACGGUGUCAAAAGGCAACAACCUCAAGGACGUCGGCAUCAAGCCGGGCAUGAAAUGGUGCUUAUGCGCGCACCGGUGGCAGGAAGCUAUGAAGGCAGCGCAGGAGGGCCAGCUAGCGAAGGAGGCAGUCCCGAAGGUGUACUUGCACGCUUCAGACCGGGCGGCACUGGACACGGUGUCCUACAAAGACUUGAAGGCGUACGCGGCUGAGGCAGAGAAUACCAGCGUCAGGCAGGGCUCGCAUCACAGUCCGGAGAACAGCCAGAGCAUUGCGAAGGAGUCGCAGAGCAUAGGUGGGGACCAGCCGACGGAAGGGCCUGGAGCUGGGAAGAACCAGAGCAAGGGUGGGAGCGCAGCCAACACGAGCGGAAACCGUGGGUAA